AUGGUAUCUUUUCUGCCCAUCUUCAUCAGUGUUGAGCCUGUUCUGCAGUAUUCCUUGACUGUCUGUUGUGCAGUGAGCUUCCACGAGACGGGCGUUGGCUCUUCUCUCCCUGCCCUCAGCUUGCCGACUGGUGGCCCCGCCUCUGUUUCUGCUUCUCAGCGCUUCUCUCGAGCAUCUACGACACCAUCCAAUCGGGACAUCUGUAGGAUAUGCCAUUGUGAAGGAGAUGAGGAGAGCCCUCUCAUCACUCCGUGCCACUGCACAGGGAGCCUUCACUUCGUGCAUCAGUCGUGUCUGCAGCAAUGGAUCAAGAGCUCGGCUACCCGGUGCUGCGAACUCUGCAAAUACGAAUUUAUCAUGGAAACCAAAGUGAAACCUUUACGAGAAUGGGAGAUGCUGCAGAUGACAACCAGUGAGCGGAGGAAGAUCAUGGGCUCUUUGACUUUAAAUAUAAUUUAUAUCACUUGUGUGGUGUGGUCACUGUAUGUCCUUAUAGACCGGACCGCUGAAGAGAUUAAACAAAGGCAUUCUGCUAGGAUUCUUGAGAGGCCAUUUUGGACUAAACUGGUGAUGAUGGCUGUUGGUUUCACUGGAGGACUUCUGUUCAUGUACAUUCAGUGCAAAGUCCAUGUACAGCUGUGGAAAAGGCUUAAGGCUUAUAACCGUGAAAUAUAUGUACAGAACUGUCCAGAAACUGACAAAAAGAGCACAUUUGAAAAAUCUGGAGCAACUGAGCCAAACACUGAAAACAAAGAUGAGCUUGGGAGUUUCUGUGCCGAGACAAACGGUUUGCAUGACACAGAAUGUGAAGACUCUAGAACAGAUAUUUCCCAUGUCUGAUGGGUACACUUGAAGAUCUGGGCAAGCCUCAGCUACUCUGCUCAGCUGUUCAAAAUCAGCAAAGGUCUAUCAGGUGAACUUCUUUCCCUCCAUCUCUCUGCUCUCGAACAUAUCAAGUAUCUCAUGACCACAAGUUGGCCUGCAACAAGAAAUAACAGGAUUCGUGGCAAGGCACGGAUGUGAGACAGACUGUCACUGUCUGUCCAAGUUAAAUCACUGUCAGGUUUGGGGGCUUUUUCCGAUGCCAUCCCAAAAUAUCGCAGAUUGCGUUCAGGAGUGUGAAACGGUGGAUGAAAGAAUUGUUUAAGCCACUAUGGGAAGCACCAGGUGUUUAAAGCACCCACUCUGCCAUAUAAUGUAAGGGCUUCUUUGCUGGGCUAUACUAGUUCAAGUUGCAUGGUCUGUGUACUGUGAAUAUGCACAUAGACACAUACACAAGCUCCC